AUCAGUUUCAACAUUGAAAUCUAACUUCUAGCCGUGCUGUGUGUAUAAUAUAAGUAUUUACGAAUUUUUAACAAGGAAAAACAAUAAUUUAUACAAUGCAUUUGGUUUACCAUGUGGAAUACAUUUAUUACCCUGUCUGUGUAAUAUGAGCCUUUACUGAAUUGAUAAAUUGAAUUAAUAGCUUACAUAUUGCUGAUCUAAACUGAUGGAAACAAAUUGUCCAUUAAUUGAUACAAAAAAGAACAUGAAGGAAUACAUAACUAACCUAUAAGAGUUCAUUAAAAUCUCAGACGCAAUUUAUUUGAAUCAUUCGUCGACUGUUGUUGGACAUAUCAAUCACAAAUUGCAAAUACAUAAAUAAUGACCCUAUAAAUAGAAGAAAAAAAUUAUAUACUUAACUGUCAUGUUGUUGAAGACAAGCAUGUUUCCGCAAGUCAUUAUAAAUAAAUGUACUAACGAUGUAUGAGUACAUACACGCCAUUAAAAUAAGUGGCAUAAUUUAAAAUUCUCAGUUCUACUUGUAGACUCAAAUGAGUUAAACAUGUUGAAAGUGUAUUACUAUAUUCUUCCGAUAGUUUGUUUAGUUGCGAAAAAUGAUGCAGCUAAGAUAUUGGGCUAUUUUCCAACUCCUUCCAUCAGUCAUCAGGUAGUAUUUCAACCGCUGAUGUCGGAACUGGCUAAACGAGGUCAUGAUGUUACUGUAAUUACGACCGAUCCAAUCUCUCCUAAGAGGAAAGCUCACGCCAACUUGACAGAAGUUGAUAUGCACGAUUUAUCAUACACUAUAUGGAGAGAAGCUGUAUACAACGCUGAAACAACAUCAGGGAAGAAAAGUGAUAUUGUUACUCAAUUAAGAGUUUUAUAUAAUUUAAUCACAGACAUAUCUGAGAAACAAAUGCAGUCAGAUAAGGUUCGAAACAUAAUUCAAGACAGGAAAGACAAAUUCGAUUUGAUAUUUAUCGAAUCAUUAUGGAGACCUGGAUUGGGAUUGUCCUACAUUUAUAAUGCUCCAGUGAUACUUAUAAGUUCCUUCUUGCCAAUGUAUAAUAAUAUGGAAGCAAUAGGAAGUCCAGUACAUCCUAUACUUUAUCCAACGCUUCUCCGACAAAAACUCAACAAUCUUACAAUUUGGGACAAAAUUAUAGAGCUGUACAAUCAUUACUCUUUUAUAAAUAUGUUUGACGCCGCUGAAGUGAGACAGAAUGAAAUGAUGAAGAGAGUAUUUGGCCCUAAUAUUCCACCUCUUAGUGAAUUGUAUAAUAAUAUAGACAUGUUAUUUCUAAAUUCCCAUCCAAUUUGGGAUUCAAACCGUCCUGUUCCACCUAGCGUUGUCUAUUUAGGAGGAUUGCAUCGUAAACCAAUGAAAGAACUGCCAGAGGAACUUAAAUCUUACUUGGACGCUUCCAAGCAUGGUGUGAUAUAUAUGAGUUAUGGUACAAAUGUAAAUCCAUCACAUCUACCACCGGAGAAAAUACAGAUGCUUGUGAAUGUAUUCUCUCGUCUUCCAUAUGACGUAAUAUGGAAGUGGGAUAAGGAUGAAUUACCAGGACGUUCAAAGAAUAUCAAAAUAUCGAAAUGGCUUCCACAGUCUGACCUUCUCAGGCACCCGAAAGUGUUAUUGUUUAUAACACAAGGAGGUUUGCAGUCAACUGAUGAAGCUAUAUCCGCUGGAGUUCCAUUAGUUGGUAUGCCGAUGCUUGGGGACCAGUGGUACAACGUGGAACAGUAUGUCAGACAUGGGAUAGGAGUGAGACUGGACAUGGAGGACCUCACUGAGGAGAAAUUUCAUAACGCCAUCGAAACUACAAUAAAUGACAAAAGCUACCGCCAGAACAUUGAGAGACUUCGCACGGUGAUGUCGGACCAGCCACAGAGCGCGCUCGAGCGCGCCGUGUGGUGGACAGAGUACGUGCUGCGUCACAAGGGAGCGAAGCACCUGCGCUCGCCCGCUGCCAACAUAUCUUGGGGUGAAUUCCUGGAAAUUGAACUAGUUACAUAUUUAUUAUUAGGAUUAACAACUGUGAUAUUUGUCAGUGUGAUUGCUAUUUAUUACAUAGUGUUAUUUAUACAACAUAACUAUGGUGCUAAUAAGAAAAUUAAAAGUAAUUAAUAAAUUAAUAUACUAAACUA